AUGGGGACGCUGCCCGCGGCUCCCUGCCUCCUGCUGCUCCUGGCUGGCGCUGCCGGGCUGUGCCGGGCUCUCUUCUCCUUCCCCCUGCGGGUGUCUCCGCCGGCAGCCCCGGGGAACGGCUCCGCGACCAGCCUCCAGCAGGCUCCCCCCGGCCAGGUGGACGGCUUGGCCUUAGCCUCGGAGCCCGGGGCCGCCGUCAGCUUCUUGGCCAUGGUGGAGAACCUGCAGGGGGACUCCGGCCGGGGCUACUACCUGGAGAUGCUGAUCGGGACCCCGCCGCAGAAGUUAAAUAUUCUGGUUGACACUGGAAGCAGUAAUUUUGCAGUUGCAGGUGCCCCAAACCCUGAUGUAACGUCAUACUUCAAUACAGAGGAGUCAAGUACAUAUAAGUCACAAGGCACUGAUGUCACUGUUCGAUAUACUCAAGGAAGUUGGACUGGAGUGCUUGGCACUGAUAUCAUUACCAUUCCAAAGGGAAUCAAUGGCACUUACACUAUCAACAUUGCUACCAUUCUGGAAUCGGAGAAUUUCUUUUUACCGGGGGUUAAAUGGCAUGGGAUCCUUGGACUUGCCUAUGAUGCCUUAGCCAAGCCUUCAAGUUCGGUGGAGACAUUCUUUGAUUCCCUUGUGAGUCAAGCAAAGAUUCCCAACGUUUUCUCCCUGCAAAUGUGUGGUGCUGGAAUGCCUGUUUCUGGAAGUGGUACCAACGGAGGUAGUCUUGUCAUGGGUGGAAUUGAAUCAAGUUUGUACAAGGGUGAUAUCUGGUACACCCCUAUAAAGGAGGAAUGGUAUUACCAGGUUGAAAUUCUCAAACUGGAAGUUGGAGGCCAGAACCUUAACUUGGACUGCAGAGAGUAUAAUGCAGACAAAGCGAUAGUAGACAGUGGCACCACUCUCCUCCGCCUGCCCCAGAAAGUCUUCAAUGCUGUGGUCGAAGCAAUUGUGAGCACAUCUUCGAUCCAAGCAUUCUCCUCUGGAUUCUGGACUGGUUCCCAGCUUGCAUGCUGGGAUAAGACUGAAACACCAUGGUCCUUAUUUCCUAAACUUUCUAUCUACCUGAGAGAUGAAAACUCCAGCAGAUCAUUUCGGAUCACUAUCCUACCACAGCUUUAUAUUCAACCCAUCCUUGGGAUUGGACAGAGUUUAGAAUGCUACCGGUUUGGCAUCUCUUCCUCCAGCAGUGCCCUGGUUAUUGGUGCUACAGUUAUGGAGGGCUUCUACGUUAUCUUUGACAGGGCUCAGAAGAGAGUGGGCUUUGCAGUUAGUCCGUGCGCAGAAGUUGGUGGCUCUCCAGUAUCUGAGAUUGAAGGCCCUUUCACAACAGCAGAUAUAGCAAGCAACUGUGUCGCCACAAUGACCUUGCACGAACCGAUGUUGUGGAUUAUCUCUUAUGCUCUCAUGAGCUUAUGUGGAAUCAUCCUCCUUGUUUUGAUAAUCUUACUGCUUCUUCCACCUCGCUGUCAGCAUCGCUUCACUGACAGUGAUGUCAUCAAUGAUGAGUCAUCGUUAGUGCGUCAUCGAUGGAAAUGA